GAAAGUCGCCAUCCACACGAUCAAAACGUAUUGCGUGCUAUAUCUAUACAGACCUCGACAAGUGCACAUUUACAACAGUUAUUUGACGUGAUAGACGAGCUCACACAUACAUUGGAAAAUUGAGACCGUACAAUAUUAUCCCGUCGGAAGCACGUACAGUAAAGCGAUGCCGAGUUGCGACGCAUGCGCAAACCCGAACAACUUUAGAGCAGAACAAAGUUUCAAAGCUCACGAGGAAAGGAGGGGAGGAAUGGAAAGGAUGCGGAGGGAAGAGGGAGAGUGAGUAAGGCGUGAUUCAGCGCUUAGGGAAGUAUGUGCGCUGAAGCCGCACGGUGCACACCCACGUGCAAAGUCUGUCUCAAUACCUACUUUUUACAUGACAAAAAUCCGGGUUACUUACGUCUAUUCAAAUAUAGCGCCCUGAGCAUUCGUAUGGAUUCGGGGCUGACGGCGGAAUCGACUUCUUCGAGUACUUAGCGAGCGGGGGGAGACCCAGAAGGAUGGCAGGAGCAGGUGCUGAGGCUCUCACGUGGUUUUGGGUCAGAGGCUCCCUGGCUACCAGCGAUGCAGGAGGACCCUGUUUACGACUACCCCGAGCCGCAGCGCGAGAAGCACUUCUGCCCUCUGCGCGGCUCCCUGAAGAGCAUCAGCGUGCUGGACCGCCUGCUACUGACGCAUCCCGUCUGGCUGCAGCUGUCCAUCAACGCGGCGGCAGCCCUGCAUGUCCUGCAGAGAGAGCCGCCCAGGACAUUCCUGGUGCGCAAGUCGAGCACGUCUCAGAAGAAGGUGCUGUGUGUCAGGCUGGAAGAUGACAGCAUGCCCUCCUUCGUCAGGCAGGUCAUCAUCCGUGAAGAAGACUCCACCUUCUCCCUCGAGAGCUCCGCCAUCAGCUUUCCCGACCUCUGCAGGCUCAUAGCCUUCUACUGCGUCAGCAGGGACGUCCUGCCGUUCACGCUGGAGCUCCCAGAGGCCAUUUCUAAGGCUACCUCGCACAAGCAGCUUGAAUCCAUCUCGCACAUGGGCAUUGAGUUCUGGAGCUCACCACUGAACUUCCGUGGGCCUCGAAACGGGCCACCGGCCGCAGAUAAGGCAACACUACCCUCUGCCCUGGAGGCUGUGGACUGUGGAACGCCACAAGAGGGCAUCACCCCGCUGGAGGAGUUCUGCCCCAUCCGCACGCGGAGCCCGCUGGAGCUGGACUGCGGCCCAGGCCGUGGUGCCCUCUGCUUCAUCAACCCGCUCUUCUUGCAGGAGCAGCCCCCCCGCGGGGCCCCGCACCGGCGCCACCAGUUCCAGCGAAGCCUCAAGGUUCGUGUCUCCACGGAGACCUCCAGCCCGCUGUCGCCGCCUGCUGCCCCACCCCCGCCGCCACCACUACUGGCGAAAGGCACACGGCACAAAGCCCCCGAAGGGGAGGGAGCCGCCAGGCCGGCGUCCUCGGCUCCAUCCGGUCCCCCUGAGGAGGAGUCGGAGUACCUGCAGCCCUCCUUGCAGAAGAGAGCUGGCCCCGGUGUUGGAUCCUUCAGGAGGACCCCGGCCCUGUCACCCACUGUAGAGGAAGACGACUACCAGUCCCCCAAGGCCCUGUUUAAGCAGGUUCCGGCUGAGCCCGGUGCGGCCGAGGAGGGUGAGACAGAUCCGGCGCUGCUGCUCGGCCAGAGACGUGCACCAUCCCUUAGCGAGCUGGACAGCAGCAGUUCCCUGAGCAGCCUGGAGGAGGUGGAGGAGAGCCCCACACGCGCCCCACUGGAGCGCGGCACCAGCUUCCCGGUGGCGUCUGGGCCGCACGCCCGACCCAUCUCCACACUGCGCAAGAUGAGCGUCGUCUUCAUGUCCUUCUUCACGCCGGGGAAACGCGUGGCACGGCUCGUGGAGGACCUGGCCCGGGACCGGCGCACCGCCUUCGGCACCCUGGUGCAGGACUUCCUGCGGCGGCAGCGGGAGGAAUCCGGCCUCGCCGGACAGGUCUCGGCCACCGUGCUGCUCCAGAACCUGCGGAUCUUUCUGUCACAGGCCAAGAACUUCCUGCUGGACUGCAGGGAGCUGGAGCCGCCAAUCGAGACCCUAGUUCCAGACCAAGAGCAAGACCUCGCUCUGGAGAAGGCCAUGUUCCGCUGCGUCUUGAAGCCCCUGAAGAGCCGAUUGGACACGGCCCUCCGCACGAUCCACGCUCAGGACGGCUCCCUGCGGCUGAUGGCCGAUGGUCUGUGUAGGGCCCAGCAGGGGGCGCUGAAGUGCUUCGGUGUACGGGUGGCGGUGCCGGAUGCCGGCGGUGUGGAUCAGGCGCGGCAGAAGCUGGUGCUGAUGCAGAGGGCGUACUCCCCCAUGGACAAGCUAGUGCUACUGCUGCAGGUCUGCAAGGCCGUGUACAAGGCAAUGGCAGCUGGCACCGGAGGACAGGAGUUCGGCGCUGAUGAGUUCCUGCCGGCCCUGUCCUACGUCCUGGUGCAGUGCAACAUUCCUGAGCUCCUCAUCGAGGUUGAGUACAUGAUGGAGCUCCUGGAGCCCGCCUGGCUCACAGGGGAGGGCGGAUACUACCUGACAAGUGUCUAUGCCAGCCUGUGCCUGAUCCAGAGUCAGCCGGAGGCGGUGCCGCCCACUGGGCUGACUCAUAAGGCCCAGGAGUCCCUCAGGGAGUGGAGUCAGCGGCGGAGCAAAGAGGGCCAGAACCAGAAGCAUCAGAGGUUCGUGCGAGUCCUGUUUCAGGACGGGGACCUCAGCUCUGCCAAGACCCUCCAGUGGAACGAGUCGGACACCGCCGAGGCUUUGGGCCAGCUCUGUGCUGCCAAGUUUGGCGUGGCGGACCCGGAGCAGUACGCCCUCUACUGGCGCACUGGCGAGGACGUGCAGCCUCUCCAGCCUGAUGCCCAGAUCCAGGACGUGCAGAGCCAGAUGGGUACCAUUCCCUCCCUCACUUACCAGCCCCGCGACGAGGAUGCCAGCAGGAUCCGCAAGCUCACCAGAGGUGGCGCUGUGGACCUGGGAGAGACCAACUGAGGCCACUUCUAACCUACAGGGUUGCUGUGUUUUCUCAGUGUAACAAGUAGCAAUCCAAACACACCAAUUCACCACUUUGACUCUGGAUCCAUUAGCAUUCAGCUUUUCCAGUUACUUUUAGUUUAUUUAGCUUAAUGAUUGUUUUUCUGCCAAACCGGGACCUGAGGUUGACAUAAGUGUGUUAUAGGUCCAAAGCCUAGAUUUGGCCUUCAGGGGGCUUGUGAUCCAGACCUAGCAGUGGGAGGGAAACAGGAGCCCUCUGGACUGUCCUCAUCACCUCACAGCUUUCUGCCUGAAGCUUUCAUUCCGUCUGUGCACCAUCACUGUCGAGCAGCACAGUCCCUGUAUGUACUUCGGCACUGAGGUCCAUUUGCAUCCUAAUCGCUGCUGCUUCAACGCAAGUUUAUAUUUAUGUAUUGAGUGGGAGGCUUUUUCUUAGGACUCAACAAGAAGCGAACACCAGAAAGCAGUGUUCAAACUGGGGGGGGGGGGGGGUUGGGAGGUUUACCCAAAAAAAUGCGCCUGGGGGGGUAAGAGCUUAAAAUGACCAAAUUUAGGGGCGUUUCUCAAUACCAAGAAUGCAAAGAUCGCACUUGUGGUCUUGACAAGACCAGACUUGCUAACUUGCCCUCCAAGAACGAACUUGGGCCGCAAUGAGUCAUGGGAUUGGUUUCAUUUUAAGAGGAUGCAGCCAAUGCAAGCUUAAAAUUUGGGGUGGGACAAGAGCGACAUCGAAAGAUUUUUACCGUCUUCCAUACUUCUGUUCUCGUUUCCAGUAUGGAAACUGGUCUUCAGUAAUGGAGGAUGACAUAAAACUGGGAACCAAAAGUACAGUCGACAAGUACAGCGAGUGAGAAAUACCCUUAGUGCCGCCACUCCCCCAGUGACACCUUUUGCCACAGUUCCUGGACGGCCGCUGGCUUUCCGAGAGACAGACGGGACGGAGAGUCCCUGUUCCAGGACGCCAUUAGUCCUUACCGUUACAUUAGUUGAAGAGUAUGACUGAGUCAGAUUGUGUUAGCUUCUCAUGCAUGCAAGUCGUCAUCUUAAAUCUAUUUAUUUAUAUUGAAGAAAAGGUUUCUGAACUUCCUUUUAUUUUGCUUGUGUCGUGUGCUGUGUGUGCGUGUCGUAUGCUGGAACCUGACUAUAUAGCACUUCCGUUGACUAUAAAUCCGUACCAUUUCUGUAAUAUUACAGUGUGAACGUUGAUGCAGAGAAUCCCUCACAGUGUCUAGGUCUAUUUCAGUUCCUUUUUUAUCCGUUUCCAGUUUUUUAAUGGGUUGUGUAGUGAACAGUUUCUGCAUAAUUAUAUUAAAUAUUUUGCACAUUCCAUGGAGAGUAACACAGAUGUGUUCUACUCUGAAUAAGGCCCUGAAGGCCUGUUAUGGUCUCCUCUGUCGUGCAGCUUCUCUUGAUAAGUAACUGUUAUUCUAGGGCCUUCCGGAAGCCUCAUUUCCUGUGGGGAAAAAAAACAGAGGCUGGUUGAUUUAUAAAUCGUGCUGGUAUGUCUGUGCCUACACUUGAUAAAGCUGUACUGUAAAAACAAA